GCCAGGUGGAGGAGGUCUUUGGUUAAACAGAAACCCGGGGUAGAGGAGGCAGGAGCAAGGCGCUGGACGCACACUAUGCGCAGGAGUUUCCAUUCGGAAAGAUGUACGUGAGUUAUCUUUUGGAGAAAGACACCAGCAUGUACCCAAAUUCAGUGCGACAUCCCAGCCUAAACUUGAACCAUCAGAACUUUGUUCCCGCACCUCCGCAGUAUUCGGAUUUCAGCGGAUACCACCAAAUUCCUGGGAUUAACAAUGACCCUCACCACAGCCAGACGGCGGCCUGGAACCCCGCUUACGCACCGCCGACCCGGGAAGACUGGUCGCCCUAUGGGCCAGGGACAGGACCGUCCACAUCUAAUCCGGGACCAAUUGGCUAUAGCCACCCAGAGUUCGCUCCAGUCCCACAACCCGGGCUUCUCCCGUUGUCUGUCAACUCAUCUGUAGGUCAGCUUUCUCCCAUUUCUCAGCGCAGAAACCCUUAUGAUUGGAUGAGGCGGAGCGCACCACCGGCAAAUUCAGGUGGUAAGACACGAACGAAAGACAAGUACCGGGUGGUGUACACAGAUCACCAGCGGUUGGAGCUGGAGAAGGAGUUCCACUACAGCCGCUACAUCACCAUCAGGAGGAAAGCAGAGCUGGCCACCUCUCUCUGCCUCUCAGAACGACAGGUGAAAAUCUGGUUUCAGAAUCGACGUGCCAAAGAAAGGAAAGUGAACAAGAAGAAGAUUCAACAGCCUCAGGCAGCGUCCACAACAACAUCUACUCCACCCGGCAAUGUUGCCAUGGUGACCAGCAGCAGUGGUUGCCUAGUGUCUCCGUCCCUACAAAUGACUAUCAAAGAAGAAUACUGAGGACGACGGUCUGA